AUUCAAAAAUAAAUAAUAAUAAUAAACCAGCUCUCCUUUCUCUGAUCUGAUCGGACCUCCCGCCUCCUCUUUCUUGUUUGUUUCAAUUUUGUUUUCUGUUUUUCGUUCAAUUUUAGCUUCUUCUUUUUUGUUUUUAUUUCGAAAUUUUGGAAUUCAUUUAACUGUUGCAAAUAAUUUCGUAAUCUUUUUUCUUGCUUAUUUUUCGAAUCUCGUUUUUGUUGAUCUGCUUCGAGGGGGGAGAGAGGCGGGGGAUUCUUUGUGGAAGUUUUGUCGCUGAACUUGAGAAUUAAUUGAUUUGAGUUUUUUGUAAUUACUUUUGUGAAUUAAUGGGGGUUAAAAUUGGGGGAUAAAAUCGUUAUAUUGAGGAGAUUGUGAACGGGGUUUUUGAGGAAUGGCGUCGGCUCAGGCCUUGCCUUCUUCACGGAAACAAGAGCAUCUAGAAGCUGGGAAGCGCCGGCUGGAGGAAUUCCGUAAGAAAAAAGCAGCUGAGAAAGCCAAGAAGGCAGCACUUACCUCCCAAACCAAUGUUUCUGAUGUUAGCUUAAAUGAAAAACAGCAAUUAGAAACUGAACACGUGCGGGUUAUUGACUCAGGUGGUGCUGCUACAUCUGAUGGACCCAAUCUCUCUUCUGUAAAAAUAAUUAACAACAAUAAAGCAACUGAAGUUAAAUCAAACAACAAGCAUGCUUUCCCAUCUUCUUUGGCAAAUAAUUAUAAUUCGUCCUCUACAGAAGUGCACAUACAUGCAAAAAGUCAAGAAAAUGAGAAAUGUGGUGCUUCAUGGAAUGCUGGACGAUUGUAUAAUGAUAGCCUACAGGCAGAACAUAUGAGUAACGACUUUCAAGAACCCAGGUCGAAAGAAGAUGAUGGCUAUUCGAAGGUUUCUACAGUUUUAAAUCCUAUUUCUUCUGAAAAUUUUGUUAGUAAAAUAUCUCCACAGAAUUCACUGCAAAGCAAGGCCAGUGAAGGCAGCUUGCUAGGUAGCAGCCAUGCCCUAUCUUCUUUAUAUGAAGACUCUGCUCAAUCUACCUCAGGUGGAAGAGGGUCUAUCCUUGAAGUCGGGCAGAACUUGCAAGGAACUGGAGACUUUAAGGAACCUAUGAUUUCUGAUUUUGGAGAAGGAAAAUUCAGUAGUUCAUCUGGUGGUUUUCCAAGUUUGCAUGUUCCAUCCAUACAAACAUCUGGAUCAUCAGAGUUCAGUUUUGAUGCCAGAAGUUCCUCAAGCCACACGCCACUGCAUUCAGUUGCAAAUGAUACUAGUUCUAGGAGAUCUCGUCCAUCUUUCCUUGAUUCUCUCAAUGUAUCUGGAGCUUCUUCUGGGUCUCUUUUUCAACAUAAUCAACCUACAAAGGAAGUGUUUGCAUCCCAGAGUUCACAAUUUAACACUAGUAAUACGAUGGGGUCAUCUCCUUUUGAGAGACCAUCAACAGAGAUUGGAAAUGCGGGAACUUACUCCAAGCUUGGGUUCUCUGAUUUUCCUAGCGGUAAUGAGUAUUCUGGGUAUUUUUCAGCUCCUGCUAGUAGUAAUGGUGACCUCUCAAAGCUGAUUGUUGCUAAUGAGAAUAUCUUGGAGAAGAAGCAUGAUUUUUACUCUACCAAACAGAAUGAGGAUUUUGCUGCUUUGGAGCAGCAUAUUGAAGACUUGACUCAGGAAAAGUUUUCACUGCAACGAGCUCUUGAGGCCUCACGUACAUUAGCAGAAUCUUUGGCUGCUGAAAAUUCAUCUUUGACUGAUAGUUAUAACCAACAGAGAACCGCUGUCAACCGGCUAAAAUCUGACAUGGAGAGCUUACAAGAAGAAAUCAAGGCCCAACUGGCAGAGCUCGAGUCUUUUAAAAUGGAAUAUGCAAAUGCACGACUGGAAUGUAAUGCAGCUGAUGAACGUGCUAAUAUAUUGGCUUCUGAAGUCAUUGGUUUGGAAGAGAAGGCACUUCGAUUAAGGUCAAAUGAGCUAAAAUUGGAGAGGCAAUUGGAGAACUCACAGGCUGAAAUUUCUUCUUUCAAAAAGAAAAUGUCAAGCCUAGAGAAAGACCGUCAGGAUUUGCUGUCAACUAUUGAAGCUCUUCAAGAAGAGAAGAAGGUACUCCAGUCUAAAGUACGAGACUCUUUCCUCAGCGGAAAGUCUGUUGAUGCUAUCAAGAAUCCUGCUAGUAAGAAGGAUAUGUCGACUUCAACCGAAGAUCUUGCAACCACGGAAACUACUUCUGAUGACAAGGAACUGAAUAACACUAAUGACGCCUCUAGUUUGAGUUUGCUGCCUGAGGAUGGAGGAUUUGAAGUUUCUUCUGUUCACAUUCCUCCUGAUCAAAUAAGAAUGGUUCAGAACAUUAAUUCUUUAAUUUCUGAGUUAAGAUUGGAGAAAGAAGAACUGACACAAGCUUUGUCAUCCGAGUUAUCUCAAAGUUCAAAGCUGAAGGAGGUGAAUGAGGAGUUGUCUAGGAAACUUGAAGUUCAAACUCAAAGAUUGGAGCUUCUGACAGCUCAAAGUCUGGCAAGUGAGUAUAUCCCGGCUAGACAACCUGAGCCUCGAAAAAUUGAUGAUAAUACUCCGUAUGCAGAUGAGGGUGAUGAGGUGGUGGAAAGGGUUUUAGGAUGGAUAAUGAAGCUCUUUCCUGGGGGGCCAUCAAGACAGAGAACCAACAAGCGGCUUUCAUACUGAAUCCGUAUAAUCUUGGCAAGACAGGUCCAAACUUUCAUAUACCUUUUUCCGGUUUACCUUCUCUCGUUUUGGUGAUUGUGAGGGGGUUUGUGAUAUUUAAUAAUUUCGAGUCAGUUAUACAACCCAUUCUUUUUACUAGAAAGGAAGAUGAGUUUAUCUUAAUCGUGUUACCAUUGAUUGGUGAACUCUAAUUGUCAAUUGUUUGAUAGAUGAAGGGUAUAAAGAAGUCCCUUGUCGCAGGGUUAUAUGGUUUUCAGUUUCAGGAUCAAAUUUUGCACGGGGCCGAAACGAACUAAGAGGACAUACGGUAUAGGAAAAGAGGCCCCUAAGUUUAUAGAGUGUGGAUUCGUUGGAUUUGUAAUGAACAAGUUUUGGGUUCUUGAGCACUAAGAAUUUAAAACGGUUGAUUCUGUUGCUGUCUGUUUGACUGUGCUUAUGCCUAUUAACCGUUGAUACAUCCUUAGUGGUCUCUAAAAAGAUGGCCGUUGAUGCAAUUUCUAAUCUCUCUUGUAUACUUUUCAGACUUAAUUAAAACUUCAUGCCAAAAUUUGAUUUGA